AUGUUGAGAAGACGCAUUCAUACAGCCCGUCCUUUGUUGGAGAACGCUAAAGUUUGGUCCGAUUUUAGCAAUAGACCUAAGAGUUUUGGUAUUAAAUCUAAGCUUUUAAAACAGGCAUUGUUGGAAGGUACCCCAAAGUAUGGACCUCCAUCUAUUAAGAGAAGGUCUAAUCGUUUGAAGUAUGCUUCUCCUGAACAUAUGGAUGAUAUGUUUAAGAUCUCGAACAAUUUUUUGGAAUCUAAAGCCGCUGAAACUUAUGCUGAAAUUGAAAAGACUAAAGAUAAGGCUAAAUUGAACCAAUUAUUAAUCAAGGCUGAAUUGUUCAAUCCAGAGGUCCAAUAUAACUUUCAAUUUAAUGAAAAAAUUGACAACAAUCCAGAAAUUAUAGACUUUGAUCAACCUGUUUAUAGACAUCUUGGCCGUAAACAUUGGGAAUCAUAUGGUCAAAUGUUAUUAAUGCAGAGAUUGGAGACCUUGCAUGUUAUCCCAGACACAUUACCAACUUUAGAGCCAAAAGCAGAAAUUAACAUUAAGUUCCCAUAUUCUUCCGGGUUGAAUAAAUGGAUUGAACCAGGUGAAGUAUUAUCAUCAAAUACUACCUAUUUACCACCUGUUUUCAAAAUACAAGAGUAUGAUACAGUUGAUCCGGAAAAACAAUUAUAUACUAUUUUAAUUGUAAACCCAGAUGUUCCAGAUUUAGAAAAUGAUACUUUUAAGACUUCAUUGGCCUAUGGUUUAACCAAUUUGAAAGUAAGUUACAACGAUAAUAUGGUCGAUUCAAGAAAAUUCGAUGAUUCUAAUGUAUUGACAGAAUAUGUUGCUCCAACUCCAGAUAAAAACAUCGGAAAGCAAAGAUAUUGUGUUUGGGUAUUCAGACAUGCAAAUGAUAAAAAAUUGGCCAAGCCUUCAGAUCUAGAUACAGACAAUUUCAAUAUUAGAGCAUUCGUUGAAGAAAAUGGAUUGACCCCAAUAGGGGCUCAUGUUUGGAGAAGUGAAUGGGAUUCAAACGUUAAUAUAAUUAGGGAAAAGUAUGGUUUGGAUCCAGUAAGAAUCUUUGAUAAAGUUCGUGAUUGA